AUGGCGCUUCGUCAGUUCAAGGCGCCUGUAGCCUAUGAAGCGCAGCAAACGGCCCUGGAAUCCUUUCUCCAAGACUUCAAGGCGUCGCCAGAGCAAACAAUUUCGCAUGCGCUUGGAAACAUCACGAUAGACGAAGAUGACUUCAGCGACGACGAGCUGAUGGAGGAUAACGAGACACGCGAGAUCCGUCGGCAGUCAAGGACUGCAACGGGGCCAAAAUAUAAGGUCAUGAUGCAGCAGCUAGCAGACCGUAAAAUUGACGAGGUCACAGUUGAUUUGGACGAUUUGGCAAGCGUGAGUUGCUCUACCACGUACCCUUCCUCUUUACCAACCAGGUCUGACGUUCUUCUAAAGUUUGAAGCAUCGCUUGGCGACGAGCUUCAGCUGGUGCAGUCUAUCGAGAUGAACACCAAGCACUAUGUCGAACUUAUGUCAAGAGCAGUUGACAAGCUCAUGCCCAAACCCAGCGUUGACACCAACUUCAAGGAUGAUGUAUUGGAUGUUCUCAUGGAACGCAGAACUAGGAGGAAUGAGGCUCUGCAGAGAGCCGCUACCGAGCCUGUCGACGGCCAGCUCCCUGAUCCGACGGUGGCUGACGACAAGUUUCCCGCCGAGCUCACUCGUAGGUAUACCCUCGCCUUCAAGCCGCGGUCCGAGACACCCACCCACCCUGCCAAGGCACUUGCUGUGCGAGAGGUCAAGGGCGAGAACCUAGGCCACCUGAUCACUAUCCGCGCUAUUGCCACGCGAGUCUCCGAUGUCAAACCUAUCGUCCAGGUCAGCGCAUACACUUGCGACCGAUGUGGUUGCGAAAUCUUCCAGCCGGUCAAUGACAAGUCAUAUGGGCCCCUGACCAUGUGCCCCUCCGAGGACUGCAAGAAGAACCAGGCCAAGGGCCAGCUUCACCCCUCCUCAAGGGCCUCCAAGUUCCUGCCCUUCCAGGAGGUCAAGGUCCAAGAACUUGCUGAGCAGGUCCCUAUCGGCCAGAUUCCACGGACUCUGACCGUUCUGUGCUACGGCACUUCCGUCCGCAAAGUCAACCCUGGUGAUGUCGUCGACAUCUCAGGCAUCUUUCUUCCCACACCCUACACUGGCUUCAAGGCGAUGAAGGCCGGUCUCCUAACCGACACCUACUUGGAGGCCCACUACAUUGUUCAGCACAAGAAGGCGUACUCUGAGAUGAUCGUCGACCCGGCUCUGGUGCGCCGCAUUGAUCAGUACAGACAGUCCGGCCAGGUGUACGAGCUCCUCGCCAAAUCUAUCGCCCCUGAGAUUUUCGGUCACCUUGACGUCAAGAAAGCCCUACUCCUUCUGCUUAUCGGCGGUGUGACAAAGGAGGUGAAGGAUGGCAUGAAGAUUCGUGGAGACAUCAACAUCUGUCUCAUGGGUGAUCCCGGUGUGGCCAAGUCUCAACUGCUAAAGUAUAUCUCUAAGGUCGCCCCUCGUGGUGUCUACACCUCCGGCCGCGGUUCAAGUGGUGUCGGUCUUACUGCCGCCGUUAUGCGCGAUCCCGUCACCGACGAAAUGGUCCUAGAGGGCGGUGCCCUUGUCCUUGCCGACAAUGGUAUCUGCUGCAUCGACGAGUUCGACAAAAUGGACGAUAAUGACCGUACCGCCAUCCACGAGGUUAUGGAGCAACAGACCAUCUCCAUCUCCAAGGCGGGUAUCUCCACAACCCUCAAUGCUCGCACAUCCAUCCUCGCCGCCGCCAACCCUAUCUACGGUCGGUAUAACCCCCGUAUUUCCCCCGUCGAGAACAUCAACCUUCCCGCCGCUCUACUAUCCCGUUUCGACGUCCUCUUCCUCCUUCUCGACACUCCGUCCCGCGAGUCCGACGCACAGCUCGCCAAGCACGUUGCUUACGUCCACAUGCAUCAACGCCACCCGGAUAUUGGCACCGACUCCGUCGUCUUCUCCCCGCACGAGGUCCGCUCUUACGUUGCUCAGGCCCGCACCUAUCGCCCUGUCGUCCCCGCCGCUGUCUCCGAGUACAUCUCCAAGACAUAUGUCCGCAUGCGUGGCCAGCAGAAGCGCGCCGAAAAGAAGGGUGAGCAGUUUAGCCACACUACACCGCGUACCCUUCUCGGUGUCGUCCGUCUUGCCCAAGCACUCGCCCGCCUGCGCUUCAGCAACGAGGUCACCCACGACGACGUAGACGAAGCCCUGCGCCUUAUCGAGGCCUCCAAGGAGAGUCUCGCUGCAGAGCAAAGUGCCAACGGCCGCAGGCGCCUCAACGCCAGCAGCAGGAUUUACAACCUCGUCAAGACCCUCGCCGACAGCGGCGCCUGCCGUGCCGACGACGCCGACGACGACGACGAGGAGCUUGGUGUCGAGCUCAGCCUGCGUAAGGUCAAGGAACGUGUCAUCGCCAAGGGAUUCACCGAGGACCAGUGGCUCUCUGCUCUGGAGGAGUACAACGAGCUCGAUGUUUGGCAAACUGCCGGAAACGGCACGAGGUUGGUGUUCAUCACCUCCAACGGCGCAGAGAGGGAUGAGUAG